GGGAGGCUAAGGAGAGAGAUAGGGAGGCUAAGGAGAGAGAUAGGGAGGCUAAGGAGAGAGAUAGGGAGGCUAAGGAGAGAGAUAGGGAGGGAGGCUAAGGAGAGAGAUAGGGAGGCUAAGGAGAGAGAUAGGGAGGCUAAGGAGAGAGAUAGGGAGGCUAAGGAGAGAGAUAGGGAGGCUAAGGAGAGAGAUAGGGAGGCUAAGGAGAGAGAUAGGGAGGCUAAGGAGAGAGAUAGGGAGGCUAAGGAGAGAGAUAGGGAGGCUAAGGAGAGAGAUAGGGAGGCUAAGGAGAGAGAUAGGGAGGCUAAGGAGAGAGAUAGGGAGGCUAAGGAGAGAGAUAGGGAGGCUAAGGAGAGAGAUAGGGAGGCUAAGGAGAGAGAUAGGGAGGCUAAGGAGAGAGAUAGGGAGGCUAAGGAGAGAGAUAGGGAGGCUAAGGAGAGAGAUAGGGAGGCUAAGGAGAGAGAUAGGGAGGCUAAGGAGAGAGAUAGGGAGGCUAAGGAGAGAGAUAGGGAGGCUAAGGAGAGAGAUAGGGAGGCUAAGGAGAGAGAUAGGGAGGCUAAGGAGAGAGAUAGGGAGGCUAAGGAGAGAGAUAGGGAGGCUAAGGAGAGAGAUAGGGAGGCUAAGGAGAGAGAUAGGGAGGCUAAGGAGAGAGAUAGGGAGGCUAAGGAGAGAGAUAGGGAGGCUAAGGAGAGAGAUAGGGAGGCUAAGGAGAGAGAUAGGGAGGCUAAGGAGAGAGAUAGGGAGGCUAAGGAGAGAGAUAGGGAGGCUAAGGAGAGAGAUAGGGAGGCUAAGGAGAGAGAUAGGGAGGCUAAGGAGAGAGAUAGGGAGGCUAAGGAGAGAGAUAGGGAGGCUAAGGAGAGAGAUAGGGAGGCUAAGGAGAGAGAUAGGGAGGCUAAGGAGAGAGAUAGGGAGGCUAAGGAGAGAGAUAGGGAGGCUAAGGAGAGAGAUAGGGAGGCUAAGGAGAGAGAUAGGGAGGCUAAGGAGAGAGAUAGGGAGGCUAAGGAGAGAGAUAGGGAGGCUAAGGAGAGAGAUAGGGAGGCUAAGGAGAGAGAUAGGGAGGCUAAGGAGAGAGAUAGGGAGGCUAAGGAGAGAGAUAGGGAGGCUAAGGAGAGAGAUAGGGAGGCUAAGGAGAGAGAUAGGGAGGCUAAGGAGAGAGAUAGGGAGGCUAAGGAGAGAGAUAGGGAGGCUAAGGAGAGAGAUAGGGAGGCUAAGGAGAGAGAUAGGGAGGCUAAGGAGAGAGAUAGGGAGGCUAAGGAGAGAGAUAGGGAGGCUAAGGAGAGAGAUAGGGAGGCUAAGGAGAGAGAUAGGGAGGCUAAGGAGAGAGAUAGGGAGGCUAAGGAGAGAGAUAGGGAGGCUAAGGAGAGAGAUAGGGAGGCUAAGGAGAGAGAUAGGGAGGCUAAGGAGAGAGAUAGGGAGGCUAAGGAGAGAGAUAGGGAGGCUAAGGAGAGAGAUAGGGAGGCUAAGGAGAGAGAUAGGGAGGCUAAGGAGAGAGAUAGGGAGGCUAAGGAGAGAGAUAGGGAGGCUAAGGAGAGAGAUAGGGAGGCUAAGGAGAGAGAUAGGGAGGCUAAGGAGAGAGAUAGGGAGGCUAAGGAGAGAGAUAGGGAGGCUAAGGAGAGAGAUAGGGAGGCUAAGGAGAGAGAUAGGGAGGCUAAGGAGAGAGAUAGGGAGGCUAAGGAGAGAGAUAGGGAGGCUAAGGAGAGAGAUAGGGAGGCUAAGGAGAGAGAUAGGGAGGCUAAGGAGAGAGAUAGGGAGGCUAAGGAGAGAGAUAGGGAGGCUAAGGAGAGAGAUAGGGAGGCUAAGGAGAGAGAUAGGGAGGCUAAGGAGAGAGAUAGGGAGGCUAAGGAGAGAGAUAGGGAGGCUAAGGAGAGAGAUAGGGAGGCUAAGGAGAGAGAUAGGGAGGCUAAGGAGAGAGAUAGGGAGGCUAAGGAGAGAGAUAGGGAGGCUAAGGAGAGAGAUAGGGAGGCUAAGGAGAGAGAUAGGGAGGCUAAGGAGAGAGAUAGGGAGGCUAAGGAGAGAGAUAGGGAGGCUAAGGAGAGAGAUAGGGAGGCUAAGGAGAGAGAUAGGGAGGCUAAGGAGAGAGAUAGGGAGGCUAAGGAGAGAGAUAGGGAGGCUAAGGAGAGAGAUAGGGAGGCUAAGGAGAGAGAUAGGGAGGCUAAGGAGAGAGAUAGGGAGGCUAAGGAGAGAGAUAGGGAGGCUAAGGAGAGAGAUAGGGAGGCUAAGGAGAGAGAUAGGGAGGCUAAGGAGAGAGAUAGGGAGGCUAAGGAGAGAGAUAGGGAGGCUAAGGAGAGAGAUAGGGAGGCUAAGGAGAGAGAUAGGGAGGCUAAGGAGAGAGAUAGGGAGGCUAAGGAGAGAGAUAGGGAGGCUAAGGAGAGAGAUAGGGAGGCUAAGGAGAGAGAUAGGGAGGCUAAGGAGAGAGAUAGGGAGGCUAAGGAGAGAGAUAGGGAGGAGAUAAAUUCAAAAAUCGAAAAUAGGCAGAAAGAGGAUGACGAACUCAGA